UUCGCCCUAAUUCUACCUCAAGAAUUACCAUCGUCUUUUGAAGGCAGUAAUGGACAUGUGCGUUACACAGUAAAGGCCAAAAUUGUUCGUACUUGGAAAUCCAACCAUGAAGUUAAAGUGGCUUACACUGUACUAAGCGUUUUGGAUUUAAAUAACAUUACUAAUUUACAGGAGCCGCGAACGGCAUCGGAUGAGCAGACGCUGUGCUGUUGGUGCUGCCGGUCAGGCCCCGUCUCCUUAGCCGCCGCGCUGCCCUUCACGGGCUACGUGCCAGGGCAGCGGGCGCAAGUGCAGCUAGAGGUGGACAACAAGACCUCCUCGCAGGUCACCGUCAAGUGGAACCUCGUCCAGGACGGCAUGUGA